GGGGCGCGCCUGCGUCCCGGGCGGCCUCCCGGAAGCGGGGCAAACCAUGGCUUCUCUCCGCGAUGCGAGCCUGCAGAAACUGCGGCGGUUUUCCGAGAUGAGAGGAAAGGUCGGAGGUCUGCUCAGGACACCCCAAGACGAAAGUUCUCAGCACACAGGACCUUUCUCUCUCCCUGAGGGACAAAGGGCAAGGAAUAAAAGACGAAGGAGAGGACCGGGGAGAAGGAAAGGGGACAAGUUAGAUGGGAAAGGAUACUGGUCCUGAAGAAACGAAGGACUGUCCCUCUUGGAAUAGAGAGGAAACAGACAGGACCCAUAGACCAAAGGCAGUUUAUGAAGGCAAACCUGUGGCAAAUGGGAAAUUCUGGGAUGUAGUCGCAAUAACAGCAGCCGAUGAGAAGCAGGGGCUUGCAUACGAGCAACAGUUGUCAGAGAAGCUGAAGAGAAAGGAGUUGCCCCUCGGAGUUCGAUAUCAUGUUUUCGCUGAUCCUCCUGGAGCCAAAAUUGGAAAUGGGGGAUCAACACUCUGUGCUCUUCAGUGCCUGCGAAGCCUCUAUGGAGACACGUGGAAUUCUUUCACAGUCCUGUUAAUUCACUCUGGGGGCUACAGUCAACGGCUUCCCAAUGCAAGUGCUUUAGGAAAAAUCUUCACAGCUUUACCUCUUGGCGAGCCCAUUUAUCAGAUGUUGGACUUAAAACUAGCCAUGUAUAUGGAUUUCCCCUCACACAUGAAGCCUGGAGUUUUGGUCACCUGUGCAGAUGAUAUUGAACUAUACAGUGUUGGGGACUCUGAGUCCAUUGCAUUUGACCAGCCUGGCUUUACUGCCCUAGCCCAUCCAUCUAGUCUGGCUGUAGGUACCACUCAUGGAGUAUUUGUCUUGGACUCUCCCAGUUCUUUGCAACGUGGUGACCUAGAGUACGGGCAAUGCCACCGUUUCCUCCAUAAGCCCAGCAUUGAAAACAUGCACCACUUUAAUGCUGUGCAUAGACCAGGAAGUUGUGGUCAACAGGACUGGACCGGGGGUGACACCACCUGUCAUCCAUUGCACUCGGAAUAUGUCUACACAGAUAGCCUAUUUUACAUGGAUCAUAAAUCGGCCAAAAAGCUACUUGAUUUCUAUGUCAGCGUAGGCCCCCUGAACUGUGAAAUAGAUGCCUACGGUGACUUUCUGCAGGCACUGGGACCUGGAGCAACUGCAGAGUACACCAAGAACACCUCACACGUCACUAAAGAGGAGUCCCAGUUGUUGGACAUGAGGCAGAAAAUAUUCCACCUCCUCAAGGGAACACCCCUGAAUGUUGUUGUCCUCAAUAACUCCAGAUUUUAUCACAUUGGGACAACGGAGGAAUACCUGCUUCAUUUCACUUCUGAGAGUUCGUUACGGUCAGAGCUGGGCUUACAAUCCAUAGCUUUCAGUGUCUUUCCCAAUGUGCCUGAAGACUCCCAUGAGACGCCCUGUGUCAUCCACAGCAUACUGGACUCGGGAUGCUGUGUGGCCCCUGGCUCAGUUGUAGAGUAUUCCAGAUUGGGGCCUGAGGUGUCCAUCUCGGAACACUGCAUUAUCAGCGGUUCCGUCAUAGCCAAAGCUGUCCUGCCCCCUCGUUCCUUCGUGUGUUCUUUAAGUGUGGAGCUAAACGGACACUUAGAAUAUUCUACUAUGGUGUUUGGCAUGGAAGACAGCUUGAAGAACAGUGUUAAAACCAUAUCAGAUAUAAAGACACUUCAGUUUUUCGGAGUCUGUUUUCUGACUUGUUUAGAUAUUUGGAACCUUAAAGCUACAGAAGAACUGUUCUCAGGAAGUAAGACGCAUCUGAGCCUGUGGACGGCUCGAAUUUUCCCUGUCUGUUCUUCUCUGAGUGAGUCGGCUGCAGUAUCCCUUGGGAUGUUAAGUGCUGUAAGGAACCAUUCACCAUUCAGCCUGAGCAACUUCAAGCUGUUAUCCAUCCAGGAAAUGCUUCUCUGCAAGGAUGUAGGAGACAUGCUCGCUUAUAGGGAGCAACUCUUUCUAGAAAUCAGUUCAAAUAAACAGUCUGAUUUGGGGAAAUCUUAAGUACAGUGUAUUUUGCCCGUGAACAGGAUUGCAAAUGCAGGCAUAGUCUAUGGACCUCUGGGUUUUCACCCUCUUUCCCUCCCUCUCUUCCUGCCUCCCUCCUUCCCUCCUUUCUUUUUGCUCUUCUGGGCUUGUUUCAGUAAAGCAACAUAAUAAAAUUAUAUUACUAUAGCUGGUAUAAUACAGUAAUGACAAAAAUACAAAUGGCCACUUCUGAUAGAAAAACAUUUCAGGAUUAAAUUCAAGAAAGAGAUGUUGAUUUAGACGUUUUGCACCAUUAUAGCUUUGCUUUUAAGUAAAGAUCAAUUUAUGUAAUGUUGUUCCACAUAUUAAACAUUCCUGUUUUAAAUCAUGGUUUUUCUAAACAUACUUUUAGAAAUUUUUUGUCCUUUGAAAUUUGGUCUUAUAAAGCUCUGUAUGUAUUGAUGAUUGUGUUACCACAGUGAGACAGUGCCUAACCAAAACAUCCUUUUAAAUUUUUAAGAGAAUUGUCCUCUUUUGUUAAUUCUUCUUUUAAUUUUGUUCAUUUUUUAUUUUAUGUGCAUGAGUGUAUUACCUACAGGCAUGCGUAUGCACUGCAUACUUCAGUUCCCAUAGAGGGUGAGUCACAAAUUGCUUUGGUGAUGGAAUGACCCUUUUACAGUCUCACAAAGGCCAUCAGAAAACACAAAUAUUUACAUUACAAUUCAUAAGAGUAGCAACAUUACAAUUAGGAAAUAGCAGCCAGAAUAAUUUUAUGGUUGGGUGUCACCAGAACAUAAGGAGCUGUAUUAAAGGGUCACAACAUUAGGAAGGCUGAGAACCACUGGGCUGGAAGAAGGAAUUACAUCUCUUGGGACUGAAGUCAAACUUUCAUACUCUGAAAAUGCAAUAACAUGAUGUUUGUGUCUUACAGAUCUUGCCAAAUGUGAAAAAAGUAUUACUAUAUUCUUAUCAUAUGAACAUGUGUUGCCAUAUUUUAUAAACUACUGUCGAGUUACACUGUUGUGUCUACUGUCGCAUUACACUGUUGUGUCUACUGUUGCAUUACACUUGAAAACAUGUGCGUGAAGAGCUCAGUUGUUUGCUUAGAAGGUGAUAGAUAGGAAGGAAUAGCUGACAGCCCAUGCUCACUUCACCAUGGACAUUCCUUAAUCCAGUCUUAAUCGAUCCUACGGUGUUCCUCGGACUUGCUUUACUUAAUUCUCUGUGCAUACUAAUAGUGAUGCUGAGAACAAACAGUUGGCCCAAAGGGGAGGAAUACAGACUCUGAGAUAGUACCUGGAUCAUAAACAACUUCAGGGAAAUGAAACUGGUGGAAUUCCAGGUUAUGUGCACCUAUUUCGGAAUAAGCACAUUAGUGAAAUAACUUUAGGUUGAAGUUUAAUGGAAGCUAGACUUAUCAUACUUGUGUUUAAAUGACCUUAAGUAAACUAACAACUGCUAUGCCAAUUAUAUAUACAAAUUUUAAAAUAUAUAAACAAGGCAACUGUCAAAACCUCUGUACUGUAUUAUUUAUAAGUGAAUAUGCAUUUGUCUUUUUGAGGUUCCCAGGGAUAAGUAAAGUAUUUGUGAUACUUUUAUUGAUAUGCUGCAGAGAUUUCAAUGGAUGAUGAAUGGCAUUAAAUGCACAUACUAAUUUUACUUAAAGUUCUGUCAAGGAUUAGAAUCAUGACUCAGUGUUAUAAAAUUAAUAAAGAAUUAAUUAAGAAUACCAUCA